GAGUGAGUUGCUCCGAGUCACUCGUGCGUGAGAAGAAAAUGGACAGACGUGGACAUGUCUCGUAGUGAAGUAAAUAAUCGCGCAUUCUCUUUCUCCUAAGGACAUCGUACCUGGAAAAUGACGAACCCCGACGGUGAAUUCGUUCCUCCACCGGAAGCGCCGGUGUUUGAGCCGACGCCCGAGGAGUUUAAGGACCCCAUGGCAUACAUAGCGAAAAUUCGACCCAUCGCUGAACAGACUGGGAUUUGCAAAAUCAGGCCACCCCCGGACUGGCAGCCACCAUUUGCUGUGGAUGUGGAGAACUUCAAGUUCACCCCAAGGGUGCAGCGUCUAAAUGAACUAGAAGCAACUACGAGAAUAAAGCUCAACUUUCUAGACCAAAUAGCGAAAUUCUGGGAUCUGCAGGGCUCGAGACUGAAGAUACCCAAUAUUGAGAAAAAGGCCCUUGACCUCUAUAACCUUUAUAAAUUUGUCCAUGAUGAAGGCGGCAUGGAGCAGGUAUGCCGAGACCGGAAAUGGGCCAAAGUUGCGUCCCGCAUGGGCUAUGCCCCCAUGCGCACGGUGGGCUCGCUACUGCGGCAACACUAUGAGCGCAUCCUCUACCCGUACGAUGUCUUCCAGAGUGGGGCAAACCUCGGGGACAUUAACUUAAGUGAAGACUCCGAAGACUGCGACAAGAAAGACCGUGACUACGUGCCCCAUGGCAUUCCUUCGCGGCAGGCUAUCAAGCCUCCCCAUGACCGAUCAGCUCGUCGUUCCAAACGUCAUGGCAAGGAACCAGCGGAAUGUUUGGACGUUGUCACAGAUGACGAUGUUGACUAUACGACUAACAAUGAGCUGAGAAAACUGCAGUUCUAUGGGGCUGGCCCGAAGAUGCCUGGCUACUGCCCUAAAGGGUCUGGGAGUUCUGACGAAAUGAAGGACGAGUGCUGUGAACUGAAAGAGGAGCGAAAACCUAAACCUGUAAGGGGCAUCAUUGAGCAAAUAGUGUGCCACACGUGUGGACGGGGUGACGACGAGGAGAGCAUGUUGCUGUGUGACGGCUGUGACGACAGCUACCACACCUUCUGCCUGCUGCCUCCAUUGCCCGAGAUACCACGUGGUGACUGGCGCUGCCCACGUUGCGUCGCUGCAGAAGUGCGGAAACCCCAGGAAGCGUUCGGCUUUGAGCAGGCAAGACGCGAAUAUACCCUCCAGGACUUUGGCGAGAUGGCGGACAAAUUCAAGUCCAGCUACUUCAGUAUGCCAGUGCAUAUGAUCUCCACAGAGACUGUGGAGAAAGAGUUCUGGAGGAUUGUCGCUGCUGUUGAUGAAGACGUCACAGUGGAAUAUGGUGCGGACCUGCACUCAGUGGAACACGGCUCGGGCUUUCCCACAAAGAACAGUGACCUGCUGCCUGGUGACGAGGUCAGUCAGCAACACGAGAAAAAGUCCAGGAAGAACAUCCGUGAUUCAUUUGAAUACAUGAAUUGUGGCUGGAACCUUAACAACCUUCCUGUUGUGGAUGGUUCUGUGCUGCGACAUAUCAACGCAGACAUCUCUGGCAUGAAGAUUCCAUGGAUGUAUGUUGGUAUGUGCUUUGCCACAUUCUGCUGGCAUAACGAAGACCACUGGAGUUACUCCAUCAACUACCUUCACUGGGGUGAGCCCAAGACUUGGUAUGGAGUCCCUGGUGGGAAGGCUGAAGUCUUCGAAGACGCUAUGCGCUGCGCUGCACCCGAGCUCUUCCAAGCGCAACCCGACCUGCUUCAUCAGCUGGUCACCAUUAUGAACCCCAAUAUCCUCCAGGCUUCUGGAGUGCCUAUAUAUAGAACGGAUCAAAGCGCAGGGGAGUUUGUAAUCACAUUCCCCAGGUCUUACCAUGCUGGCUUCAAUCAAGGCUACAACUUUGCUGAAGCUGUCAAUUUUGCACCUGCUGACUGGCUCCCCAUAGGGCGAGUAUGCGUGUCGCACUACAGCAUGCUGCGGCGAUUCUGCGUCUUCUCGCAUGACGAGCUUGUGUGCAAGAUGGCGGCCAAUCCAGAGCAUCUAGACAUCAGCCUAGCAGCAUCCACAUACCAGGACAUGUUGAAGAUGGUGGAGACGGAGCGUGAACAACGGCGGUGCCUGCUGGAGUGGGGCAUCACAGAUGCAGAGCGCGAGGCAUUUGAGCUUCUGCCAGACGAUGAGCGGCAGUGCGACUACUGCAAGACCACGUGCUUCCUUUCGGCUGUCACGUGCUCGUGCAACGGCUCGAAAUUGGUCUGCAUACCCCAUCGGGACCAUCUGUGCGAUUGCCCACCCAGCAACCAUUGCCUCAGGUACCGCUAUACUUUAGACGAGCUGCCAGUCAUGCUCCACCGCCUGAAGGUCCGGGCGGAAUCGUUUGACAACUGGGCGAUCAAGGUGAAGGCUGCACUGGAGGCCACCGAAGAUGAGGACAAGCUGGAGCUUUCUGAGCUGAAAGAGUUGGUUCAAGAGGCCGAGGAAAAGCGCUUCCCGCCGACGGAACUGCUUCAGUCACUGACAAAGGCUGUGCAGGAGUCCGAGAAGACGUCCAGCGUGGCCCAGCAGCUGCUUAGCAAGAAAGUGCGCACGCGCAACCGUCAGUCGCAGGAUGCAAAGUACACAUCUCGGCUCACCCUUGACGAGCUGCAGGUGUUCUACGAGCAGCUCUCCAAGCUACCGUGUGUGAUCAAGGAGUCUGCAAUGAUCCGUGACCUUGUGGACAGAGUUGUUGACUUCCAGAGCAGUGCCCGUGACCUGCUCACUUUGGACGAGAUGGGAGAGUCGUGGCGCCUCGAGAAACUUCUCGAAGCAGGCCUCAGCCUGGACAUGGAUCUACCAGAGAUACCUCAACUGAAGCAGAAGGUGCAGCAAGCUCAGUGGCUGGAGGAGGUGCAGGCUACCCUGCUGCCACGGGCUCAGUCGGAGGCACAGCCAGAGGCACUGGCACAGCAGGCGGAGAGGGAUCCACCAACACUAGAAGAGCUGCGCCGCCUACUUGAGGCUGGUGUCGCCAUACCCCCUCACCCAGUCUCCGAGCGUGCCUUGGCUGAACUGCAAGGUCUCUUGACGGCAUCCGAACGGUGGGAGGAGCGCGCAAAAACUUGCCUGCAGGCACAGCCACGCCAGACGCUGGCUGCCUGCGAGGCCCUGGCCGAGGAAGGAGUCGCCAUUCCUGUCCAUUUGCCGAGCCUCGCCGCCCUAAAGGACGCCAUUCGCAGGGCGAAGGAGUGGGGUGCCCGCGCCGAAGCCCUUCAGGGCACUGAGUCCAAGUACCCAUACAUAGAGACGCUGGAGAACCUGUUGCAGAAGGGCCGGCCAAUCCCAGUGUGCCUGGAGCAGCUGCCCCAGCUGGAGUCUCAGGUGGCAGCGGCCAAGGCCUGGAAGGAGCGCACAGCGCGCACGUUCCUCAAGAAGAACUCUGCCUACUCCUUGCUUGAGGUGUUGUCACCUCGCCGGGACAUUGGCAUCUAUCAGGUCACCGCACGAGGCAAGAAGAAGCGCCUGCGUGAUGGGCCGCCGCUGCCAGACAAGGAGGAGCCGCCAGAGAUCAAAACUGAAGACACCAAGGAUCCGGCCAUCGUUGUGGCUGCUUUCAAAGAGUCUGUUGCACAAGAGCUGGAGAGCAUGAAGCAGCUGCGGGCGCACAACUUGCGCAAGCGCCUUGAGGACACCGGCCAGGCACGCUACUGCACCUGUCACAACUUAUUCGGUGGCCACAUGUUGCAGUGCGAGCUCUGCAAGGACUGGUUCCAUGCUAGUUGCGUGCCGACACCCAAGGCGAGGGGUGCGGCCAAGUCUGGCAACUCUGGGGGAAGCAGCAGUCCCGGAGGUGCGGCUGGCUCGUCGUCACCAGGAUCAUCCGUCUUCUCUGUUGCCUCGGCCAAGGAGAGCAAGUUCUUAUGCCCCGCGUGCCUGCGGUCGCGGCGGCCUCGGCUCGAGACCAUCCUGUCGUUGUUAGUGUCACUGCAGAAGCUGCCCGUGCGCCUGCCCGAAGGGGAGGCGCUGCAGUGUCUCACCGAGCGAGCCAUGUCUUGGCAGGACCGUGCCCGGCAGGCACUGGCCACGGAUGAGCUGGCGGCAGCCCUGGCCAAGCUGUCGGUUCUUUCCCAGAAGAUGGUGGAGCAGGCGGCACGAGAGAAGACCGAGAAGAUAAUCAGUGCAGAGCUGCUUCGAGCGGCCAGCAAGCCAGAGCUGCAGCCGCACCUGCAGAGUGUUGCACAGUCGGCCUUUGGAGGGCUGCGAGCGCAGGAGAAAAAUGGCAGCAGCUCCGACGUGGAGGCAACUAGCGUGCCAGAGGACGCUGUUCCAACUGUUGCAGCAGAACAGGAGGUGUCUCUGUCACAGGAUGGUGCCGACGAUGGUGACGUAAAGCCAACAGUGGAAGAUGAAAAGCAGCCUCCCUGCGACAGCUACAGCAGCAUGGAGCAUGCCUAUUCCACUGCAUCCAAGAACAACGCUGUGUGCAACCCUUCACCACGCAAGCAUGCACGCAAGUCUCCGCUGGUGCCACGGCAAGUGGAGAGCCCCGUGCUGGAAUUGAGUGCCGGGGCCAAGACGCGCCUAGAGGCGCUGCUCACCGAGGGGGACCUGCUGGAGGUGUCGCUCGACGAGACUGGCCACAUCUGGCGCAUCCUUCAGGCCACCAAACCACCACGGGAUCCCCUCUCGCCUUUCGAGGCCUUCCCAGAGUUUGAGGACUACACGGAGGCUUCCAAGAGACCUGAUAAGAGAACAAAAAAGCGCAAGGUGGAGCAGGCAGAAGCCACGGUCAAGCCACGUCCAAAGCCGAAGCUGCAGAAGCGAAUGCCAACCAAGGACGAGGCUGGCAAUCCGUCCACAUCAGCCGGUCAGGGAGCUUCAGCUGCAGCCGACUCUUCAACAACCAAAGCAGCUAGCGGUGUCAAGAAGGUGUCCAGAGGAGCGGCCGACACUGGAAAGCAACCUGAGCGCAAGGUGCGGCCCAUCAAGAAGGUGCGCCGUGAGGACUCUGGAUCUGGCGGUGCUGCCUCCAGUGACAAGGUGGUGAAACGACGGCGAGUGGCCCAUCGCCCACAGAAUGCGUCGUCGUCUGCUGAGACAGCCGAUGUGGCAGACGAUGUCUGCUCCGCACCAGCCUGUGUCCAGCCUCAAGGUGAGGCAGUAAACUGGGUACAGUGUGAUGGGGGCUGUGAACAGUGGUUCCACCUGCUUUGCGUGGGUCUGAGCAUGAAUGAGGUGAAGGACAGUGAGGACUACUACUGCCCACAGUGCAGUCAGCCCGACGUUAAAGCCUCGAGUCGCAGUGGCCAGCAAGACGUCAGCGGGAAUGGGGAGUUACCGGAACUGCCCGACGAAACAGUUGACUCGGGAUCGCCAGCAGCAGCGGAAGCCGAAGAUUCCAACGGCGCAGCCGUUUCUUCAAUCUCUGAGCCUCCGACUGGAGCUGCACUUUUAACGGCGGCUGUGUGAAGUGUUGUCUAGUUUUGUUCUUGUUGAAUUGAGUGAGGCGGGGGGAAUGCUGUCUUGUUUAAAGAAAGCUGUUAUCACAAAGGUUGAGCCUCAGGUACGAAUGAUGUGCUGUAAAGGUUGGGGGGUGAUGUGUGUUGGUUUGUGUUGUAGUGAGAUUCUCGUGUGGCCACAUCGUCGUGGUCAUUGUGGUGUUCAUUAUUUUCAUGUGUGUGUGUGUGUGAUGGGUCUUGCUCACUGCUAAAUGGAGGCAUGUGAGCUGAUUUAUGGAGGGAGGCCCUCUUUACGAUUCCUACCCACUUGUAUGGUCACCGCCUUGUAAGCUUUUCCACUCUCGAUCCUCUGUCGUAGCAGUAUCAAACAUGUCUCCCGUUUAGCAUGUAUUUUCCUUUUUCAUCUUUUUCAUUGCUGCAAGACCUGAGCUGCCUGUGUUUCUUAGUCUAUUCAAGCAUUCUCGUGCACAUUUUUGUUCAUCAGUAAUAUCUUUCUCAUUCUUUCACUGCAUGUGCUGCUCUCUCUGAUUUAACAUUGCACACUGCUCCAUAAGCCCUGCGUGCGUAUCUUGUCUAUAUGUGCGUUUAGAUCAGUGUGUUGUGCUCGCUGCACUGAGGAAACAAUAUUGUACACACCCCGAUGUGUUGCACAAACGUGCACUCGUGCACACACACACACAAACACAUUAGACGAGACCUGCCAGCCUUUCCUCCUAGACUAACUUUCAGCAGCCAGCACCUUUUGUACAUAUAUACAUACAUUGAAUGUCAUAUAAGACCUAUACGAAAACCAUAAAAAUAACAAAAAAAUGAAGACCUGUAUUAUUAGAUGAUCAUGGUGCUUGCUGUUGUUUCUCACCAUGUGACCGCAUUGUGUUCGUUUGUCAGCUCUGGUUUAGUAUGUACAUGUACAGUCAGCUCGCAGGACGUCACGCAAAAAGUAAGAUGGGGUGUAGCUCUGUGGCACAAGCAACUGUAGGCACGCAGACGGCUUGCCAGUAUUGAAGCUGCAGUUUUCUUUAACGGAGUGGCGCCCUGUUAAACCCUUCAUUCGACGUUGUCAUCGCAUGCACCUCUUCAUUCAGCCAGCCCCCAUGCAGCCCCAUUUUGUUCCUUUGCUGGUGCAUCAAUACGAGUAGUCAUAAUGAGGACGAACAAAAAAGAAACAUUGCACUGUAUAACCAUCCUGGAUAAAAUAGCUUCGUUGCAGGGGGAGGCCACGAUUGACUCUGGGCGUACACUUUUUUUGUUCAUUUUUCUCAGCAUCUGCGUUGAGGGUACGGCACUGCAUCUCUCAUUACUGUACUCAUCAGCUUGCUUGUACCACUUGUAUGAUAGGUUUAGAGCUCUGGCAGAGAUAAAAAAGCCACGUUUUAUUUAUUUUCAUUGUGUUAUAUUGUGGCUCCAAGGUCAAUCGAGUGAUGAGGUUUGAAACCCUUCCUCCCUUUGUGUUAAAUUUUUUUAAGGUUUGGUUUUGUGCAAUCCCCUUGUCGUCUUGUCGCAUUUCAGUGACUUUACAUAACCGUGACUUUUUUUAGCCUUUUUUUGGUUACAAAGCAAACUGACAAAUCAUCUUGAAACAUGUACGUGCACAUUGCUUGAAAUUGUCAUUUUCUUUUUCCUCGUGUAAUUGUGCGGGUCCCUAAAAGAAGUGCAUUUAUCAAAGGCUCGAGAAUUCUUUUCAUGUCUGCGAUAUCAUGGUAUGGUUUACGCAGCAGAAAAAAAUUUUUUUUUCCCUGUAUUUGACAUGUGAUUGCACACAAGCUGCUGUUAGACAAGAAAGUACUUGGAACUAAUUAGAUCUAUCUGUCUCUUUUUUGUACAUAUGCAGUAAAAAUUUUCUGGAGAACA